UCUCGAGCGCGCACUUCCGGGGCUUGUCUUCCUUCCCCUUGGUGUUGGUUGGGAGCGGCCUGGGCGAAGUAAUACUGUAGCAGCACCAUGGCCGGCAUCAAAGCUUUAAUCAGCUUAUCUUUUGGAGGAGCUGUUGGACUAAUGUUCCUGAUGCUUGGUUGUGCCCUUCCAGAUUACAGCAAAUAUUGGCCACUGUUUGUUUUGUUCUUCUACACCCUCUCUCCAAUUCCAUACUGCAUAGCAAGAAGAGUUGUUGAAGAUACAGAUGCUACAAGUAAUGCUUGCAAGGAACUUGCCAUAUUUCUUACAACAGGCAUUGUUGUUUCAGCAUUUGGACUUCCAAUUGUAUUUGCCAGAGCAGAACUGAUUAAGUGGGGUGCCUGCGCACUUGUCCUCACAGGAAACACAGUCAUAUUUGCUACCAUCCUAGGGUUUUUCUUGGUUUUUGGCAGCAAUGAUGAUUUCAGCUGGCAACAGUGGUGAAAAGAGUUGGAGUGAGAACUAUCUACAUCUCAUGUCAUUCAGUGGCCAUCCAUACUCAAGAAAGAAUGGGCAAUAAAGUGAAUGUACUGUUUUCACAGAGGGGAUCUGGGGUAGGACACUUGGUAGCCACUUUUCUUUUUUCACAAAGAACAUUAACAUUUUGCUUGAUUUACAGGUAAAUAUUUUUAACAGGUUGAUACUGUUUUAUUUUAAUACUUUAUUUUGAUGUGAGAACAGAAUGCUUAAAUGUGAUGUUUAAAAUGUAUCUUUUUUAAAGAACAUGACAGCGGUGUAUAAAUAUAAAGUCAAACUUUUCACCAUUGAUUAUUUUAAAACUAAUGUGUGGUUGUGAAACCACAUAAGAAUGAAAAAACCAAGAAUGGCCCAAUCCAGUCAAAAGUAUGAAAAUUUUGACUGGGUCAUAGGCACGGGUUUGGAAGUAGCUUCUGAAUUCAGCAAAGAUUAUGGUUAUGCAGAGAAUUGUACAUAUGGCCUGUUGAUUUUAAUCAGAGAAUUAUUCAGUACUCUAAUUCUUCUCUGAAAAUAAGUAUAAUUCUGGAAAGCUGAAGUGUGCCCUUCAAGAGCAGUGAAGCAUUUGUUGUGGGAUUUUGGAAAAGAACUGAAAAGAAUAGCAUUCACAGCAGCUGGCUGGUAGGUUUUUUUAUUAUGUACGUGACUGAAAAUGUUCUAUUUCCAUUAAUUCCAUUUAAAUGAGAAUGAGCAAACUUUUGAUGAUAAUGGAAUAUCUAAGUGUUCAUUACUUUAAAAGUUUGUCCAACGUACAAAUAUUUUGACAGUUUUUAUUUUUGAUUAUCUGAAGGGGGGGAGAUGGAAUUUUAAUUUUUCUUGAGUAGAAGACAGAACAUUUAAUGUUCAUUUUAAAGCCUUUCUGAAAACUCUGUAUUUAUGUAUUGUGUGAUUCAACAUUCUAUAUCAAUUGUUUUUUAUGUUUUACCAAAGGAAAGUGUAACGAAAUUACUGAGUAUAGUUAUAACCAGCAGAAGGAAACCCUGCACCAGGCAUGUGGAAAUAAGUGGUCCUGCUCCUUUACUAUUCACUUGUACUUAUUACCAUAAAGUAUAAAAAGAUAAUUUCUGCUCCCGUUUUUUACUUUGUACAUGGUAUAAAAAGAUUUUUCAAAUGUAGAUAAACAUUUCCACUGUAGAUAAACAUUUACCUGGAAGACUAAUUACUGCAUACAUAUAUAGUCAGAGUUUGGCUGCAUUGCAAAUCUUUGACUAUGAACAUUUUAUAGUAAUUCUGUUGAUGUUUUAGUUUAUGCACUAAUGUAUUAAAUGUUAGAUCAAAAGUGUAGUUCUGUUAAAAUAUAACACAUGUAAUUUGCAAUAUUGAAUAUCUGUUCCAUGCCACUUGGGUUUUUUUGUUUCUAUUAACCAUAAAUUACCAUGUUUUGUAGAUAUAAUUAUUUUGUAGUCAUGCUUUCCUGGUAACUCCUUAAUAAGAUACCCAAGUGUCUCUGUCUAUGCUUGCAUGUCAUUUUAUGCAAACUAGGCAAUAUUUGAUAUAAUCACUUAAACAUAGUUCUUUUUUUAAAACAAUGCUGUUGACAUAGUCCUCUCCACUAUCAGCCCAGUCCAGAGUGCCUUGUCUCCUCUCUCCUUGGCUGCUCAGUAGAUGUACGUGUUUCACAAUGUGUCAGAUCCAUGGUGUAAGAGACAGGUGAAUUCAUGUAAAGGUACUGUGCACAGAUGUCCAAUUACAAAUAGUGCUUGGGGCACAGCAAUACUUGGCUUGACGAGAAAGGAGGGAAGACGACAAUUUGCUGAUCUCUUUCUACUGACAGAACUCCGACCGGAGAAGUAGAAUUAAAUCAUGGCCUAUGUUUGCAGACUUCAUAAGAUAAAGUGAAUGUUACACAGACUGUAGUAGUUAUCAGUGCGGCAUUAUAUAAAAACACAAGGAUUCAUAUGCCCCUCUUUUAAAACUAUAUGAUACAGAUUUCAGAUAGAGAAUGAACUCUAAAGCCCGAUAAUUAUUACAGUUUUAUCUGUACUGUAUUGAAUCUUCAAAAAUAUUUUUUCCUGCAACUUAAAGACAGAAAAUGGGCAUGUACAAGUGUACCUUGCAAAACCUGCAGUUAUUUACAUCCCGGUCCAACUUUUAAAUGUCUGAACCAUAACAGUCUUAGGAACCAUGUGCAACUUCUGCUGCAUAAUACUAAGAUUGAUGCAGUCACAUCCCUGAAACUCCCUGCACUGCACUGAUGGUGGACUAGUCUUAGCCAUCAUAUAGACAGAUGUGAAUUCAUUUUGUGAUUCCCCCCCCCCCAAUCCUGUAUUGUAUCAAGAUGGGUUCUCAUUUUUUCUGUAAUACUCUUGCUUUAUGAUGACAGGCUACUCUUCAAGAGUGCCUACUCUAUUAUAUUUUAUAGUAAUGUUUGUCGUCUUAAUAAUUUUGGGCAGCAUUGUGGGUACAGAGCCUAUUAGACAUUACUGCUGCCUCCAAUUAUCAGGUGUUAAGAUAUUUGAGACAUAUGUCUUUUCCCAUGUAAUAUGCACUGAGAAGCAUUGCCAUCCUACAGGCAGAAAUUUUGAUGAAAAAACAAUAAACGAUUUAAAUAUCA